UUCUAAAAUUUUGUAAAUAAGUGAUUUUUCUCCUUCACUGAUGUGCGCUUAUGAGGCUGCAGUGAUGGGCACUGAUAGGCUGCACUGAUGGACACUGAUAGGUGGCACUGAUUGGUAGCACUGAAAGGUGGCACUGAUUGGCAUUGAUAGGUGGCACUGACUGGCACUGAUGGGUGACACUGAAAGGCAGCUCAGAUGGGCACUGAUAUGUGGCAUUGAUGUGCACUGGUAUGCACUGAUAUGUGGCAUUGAUGGGCACCGGCACGUGGCACUGAUGGACACUGACAGGUGGCACUGCUGGGGCUACACU